UCAUCAUGUCUGAACGCAAAGCCGUGAUCAAGAACGCUGAUAUGCCUGAGGACAUGCAACAGGACGCAGUGGACUGCGCUACCCAAGCUCUCGAGAAGUUCAACAUCGAGAAGGACAUCGCAGCCUACAUCAAGAAGGAGUUCGACAAGAAAUACAACCCAACCUGGCAUUGCAUUGUGGGUCGCAACUUUGGCAGCUACGUCACGCACGAGACAAAGCAUUUCAUCUACUUCUAUCUGGGACAAGUCGCUGUGCUUCUUUUCAAAUCUGGAUGA